AGACUCAAUUUUCAUCUCAUCAAAUAUUUCUAUUACACAAUAUCAUUGUUGUUACUGCUGCUGCCGUCUUUAUUGAAUUGUGAACAAGAAGAAGAAGAAGAAGAAGUAAGGCAAAAAAUCGAUAUUUUUUUUUUCUCACUGCCUACACUUGAUAAUACAUAGGAAAAAAAGAGUAUUUAACAUACGUCAUCAUAAUAAUCAUCAAAGUGAGAGGACAUUGACGUCAGAGAAGAAGGAUGUCACCAUCAAAAUUACUAUCAUUCCACCACGAUGAAAACUUAAUUCAUCCACAGUCGAUUCUCAACCUAUCGUCAUACACAGCUUCGUUAGCGUCGUCAUCUUCACCGGCAUCAGGUAUAUCACACGACAGCGGUGAUGGGCGUUCUUCAAGUAGCUCUCCAAAUAAUUUAAAUAACAACAUGUAUAGUGGUUAUGGUCACGCAUGCUCUCAAUGUACCUCGUCAUUUCUUACACGAGAUUUGCUGGAGAAGCAUGAACUUAUGCACAUUUCAAAUGCAACGAUGUGUAAAAUUUGCAAUAAAUUAUUUGCAAAUGUUUAUCGCUUACAGCGUCACAUGAUUUCACACGAUCAAUCGACAGAUUUGAGGCGUUUCAAAUGCGAGGAAUGUGGAAAGGCAUUUAAAUUUAAGCAUCAUUUGAAGGAGCAUUUGCGUAUCCACAGUGGUGAAAAGCCAUUCUGCUGUCCAAGUUGCGGCAAACGAUUCUCACAUUCAGGCACAUUUUCAUCACACAUGUCAAGUAAAAAAUGUAGAUCAAUGAAUCCAAAUAUGCCAAUCAAAUCACGAACAAGACGCAACAUUCGAGGACAAGUGGAACAACAAGAAGGACAACAGUCAAACUUACAUCUACCCAUUAAUCAUCGUCAUCAGUCAUUUACAAUAAAAGCAUCAGCAGAACAUGAGACUCAUCAUCAUCAAAAUCAUCAUCACUAUCGUCUAAUGGAACAGUCACAACAGCAAAAACAACAGCAACAGACACCAUUAAACGAGACAGAACAAAUGUAUGUAUUAGAUUUAAGUUUGAAGAAUAAGAAAAAUAUAAAUGAUGACGUUGAGACGAGGAGCAUGAGCGAUGAUGACGUAAAAAUUAAGAACUCAAGUAGUCAUGAACUGCCGCAUCCAUUACAGUCAUUACUUAGUGGUUUCAAUAAGCCAUUAUAUACAUCGAAUGACAUGACAAUGUUUUGGAAUAUGCUCAUGCACUUUUCAUUUAAUAACUAUCAAAAUUACUUUAGUCAGUUUAAGGAUAAUAAUAAUGUUAAUGUUGAUGUGCUAAAGGGACGAUAUUAAGGAUCAUAUGUGGAUAAUUAGUGCGGGGUUGGAAGCAAGUGAUGUCUAGCAUGGGGUAAAGAUCAAGAUGCUCCUUAAUGCUAGUUUUAGCUAGAUUUCAAUUGAAACUAGCUUCAUACCAGCCUAAUGACAUAUAGUAGACAACUAAUGAAACUGUGCUGUCAGGAUUCUCCCCUCAAAUAUUAGACGUCACUAGCAAAAGACCCCAAAUAUAUAUGUAAAGUUAUUUAUAGACCUAAGAUACACAAGAAACGAUGUUGAUGUGAGAAAUGAUAAAAAAAUUUAUAUAAAUAAAAAUUUAUGCGAAUGUGCGCAAUGGAGGAUGCGAACAACGACCUUGCAAAUAGUAUUUCUUAUACAUAAAAAAUAUAUAUACAUAUAUACAAGUCACAGAUACGUAGAUACUAAAAACACAAAAAAAUUAUACAUUCAUCAAAUCUCAUUCAUUCAUUCAUGUUUAUAAGGACAAUAAUUUGUACAUAGAAUGAAUAAAUAAUUUAAUGGAAAAUUAAGGAGAACCAAAAGAUGCACAACAAAAGAUAAGGAAGAUGGCAAUAAGGCCAUCUUAAAUUACCUCCAACCCAGAUACAUAUGAUGAACAAUUUUCAUUGCCAAACAAUCUUCAUACACAAUUCAUUUUCUAUUAAAUAAACAUAACGAUCUUUUCAUAUGUGAUGAGAAUAAAUAGAGUUGAAGAUGGUUUAAAUGUGGAUUGGUCGAAGGAUGGAGACUUGAUGAUUAUUUUUUGGGACAUUUUGGGUUAGAAUUCUAGAAUUUCCUGACCUAGAAGAAGUUAGAAUUGACACUACAUGAUCUGAGUUCAAUAGAUUACAGAUCUUGAACUAGUUCACGUUAUUUUGAGUACUUAACCUACAUUUCAAGGGUUUUAGCUUAAUUUUGAGGACAUAUGACUUCAAAAAAAAAUUCAUUAUCUUGAUAAGAUUCGAACUCAGGACCUCAUGAUCGGUGUUGAAACUCUACUACUAAGACUAUGCACUAUCGAAACAUUUCAGCUCAGUGGAGAAUUUUGCAUAUAUAUCCCUUGCCUAAUUCUGAUCAAAGCCCAUCCCUUGAUCAAAGACCAACUCAAACAUAUUCCAACAAGCCAUCAACAAAUUCUCAAAAAAGUAUCAAGAAAAUGGAUGAAUAAAAUAACAAUACGAAUGACAUAAACGAUAUAAUUGUGAAUAAUCUAUUUCAUCCUAUUAGUAAAAUUAAAUGGACACUAAAUGCUAAUGAGUUAAUAUCGGAUAUGUCGUUUCUCAUAUUUUGCCAACAUUGCUUCGUUUUCUUCACACAUGACAUAUGUAUUAAAUGCAUUUCUGCACAAAUGAAAGAUGCAAAGGAAAUUUCUUUUAAUUUCUUUUUUUUUCUUGAAGAAUCGUGUGAUGGGAAAAGGAAAGGAAAAUUGUAUGAUGAUUUAUUAUGUGGAACAUAAAUAAUUAUUAACGGGUGUGUUCAGUCUAUAAGCCAUAAAUGCGAAUAAGAUGGUAACUAGUCAUAUUAUUUUCAAAAUCUAAGUGCUUUUAUUUAUGAAUUAUUUACGCAAAGUUUUAACGCAUCGUUAAUUUCAUAAAUCACAUUUUAAUUGAAUUAAUUUAUUAAGUGGCUACUUAAUUAUCGCAAUUUUCCACUAUUUACUAAACACACCCGGGAAUAAUGGGAUGAUGUUUUUAAUAAAAGAAAAAUCUUUAUUAAUGUGUAUUGUCUGUGAAUGAGAUGGGCGAUUAAUAUUAGAUGGGGCAGGAUUGAAAAGUCGAUUUGGUUGGUUUGUGGUUUUGUAAACUCUAAAAUAAGACACAGUACUUGCUUAUUAAGUAUUGAAUUAAUCCUAAUUAAUUGAAGCUAAUCUGCCAGUGUGAGAGUAAAGCCUCUGUGGCCUAGUGAUUAAGUAAUAGGUCAGAAUCUAAUAGCUUACAUUUUGUAGGUUUGAUUCCCACCUGAAGAUCGAUCUUUCAAUCAAAGUUUCUAAACCAUAAAAUCAAUUUACCACUCAAUCCUAAUCCUCAUCCAAAAAAUCGCUAAAAAUUAAAUUAUUAAAACAUUCUGCCUCAAUAUUUUAUAAAUUAAUUGUAAUUUAAAAAUGAAAAACAAGAAAUUAUUACGAAAGAGUUAAAUUGAUUAUUUAUAGUUAAACAAAUUUAAAAGAACAUGAAAAGUAAUUUUAUUGUAAAUGGAAAGAAAUUAAUUAUUGAAAUUAAUUCAUCAACGAAAUCCUUGCACAACAUCGGCAGAAACAACGACAUAAUACAAUAAUUUUAAGGUGAAAUAAUUGUGAAAAAAUCUAUCAUAAAAUGAGAAAAAAAAAUUAUAAAUAAAGGAGA